AUGCUCAGAUUUCGCAUUGAGUUGAAAGAUAAUCCACUCACUCGUAGAGGUAUCUUAUCCACAGUAGCAUCAAGCUUUGACCCAUUGGGUUUCAUCUCGCCAUGUCUCCUAGAAGGAAAGAAGAUAUUGCAGAGUCUUUGUCGGGAUGGACAUCACUGGGAUGAUCCAGUUCCUGAUGAAAUAUGUAUACAGUGGUCUAAAUGGAGAAACCAGUUACCUGAAUUGACACAGUUUUACAUAACAAGAUGCGAGAAACCAGAAGGUUUGCAGGAGCCAAUUGUGAGAGAGUUGCAUCACUUCUCAGAUGCAUCACAGAAUGGAUAUGGCAGCUGUUCAUAUCUACGCAUUAUUGAUUCAAAUGGUAAGAUUUAUAGCACCUUGUUGAUGGCUAAAUCUCGUGUAACUCCUACGAAACAACUAACCAUACCCAGACUAGAGCUCACAGCUGCAGUCACUGCUGUGAAAAUUAGUGAAUUCCUGAAACGCGAGUUAGAUUAUGAUGCCAAACAUAUUUUCUGGACAGACAAUGCCGCACACAAGUUUCAUAUCUUUGUAGCAAAUCGCAUACAACAGAUAAGAAAUCAUACUGAAUCUAACCCAGCUGAUGUAGCAUCAAGAGGUUCCUCAGUAGAUGAUCUCUUAAACCAUAAAUUAUGGUGGACAGGUCCAGUAUUCCUUCAGAGUUCAGACCCAUUGCCACUAAAUACUGGUAGCUGUACCACUGCAUUAAAUACAGAUGAUCCUGAAGUGAAGAAGUCUGUUGUCUUAUCUACACAAAGUAUCAAAACUGAGCCAGCCAGUUUCUUACAAAGGCUUGAUUAUUUCUCAGAUUGGCACAGAAUGAAGAAAUCUGUAGCACUGUGUAUCAGAUAUAUGCAAAGACUUCGCUCCAGAAGCAUACCAUUGGUAUCAGUAUCACCGAUAACAGUUGAAGAGCUCCAGCAUGCAGAACAAUUAAUUCUAAAAGAACUGCAGGCUGCACAUUUUGCAGAAGAGCAUCAUAGUUUGUCAAAGAAACUGUCACGUUUGAAAGGCAACAGUCAGUUGCGCAAAUUGGAUCCAUAUCUUGCUCCUGAUGGUUUGAUACAUGUUGGCGGCAGAGUACGAAGAGCAAAUCUUCCACCUAAUCUUAAGCAUCCUGUUGUGUUGCCAUCUAGAUCCCAUAUAACUUCAGUAUUAGUAAGACACCACCACAAGCGCACAGCGCAUGCAGGUAGAACACACAUGUUAAAUGAAAUACGUGUCAAUGGAUAUUGGAUCUUGAAAUCACGUGUAGCAGUAGCAUCCUGCUUUUGGAAAUGCAUCCCAUGUAAGAAGCUCAGUGGCAAACCAGUAAUACAAAAGAUGUCAGACUUACCAGAAGACCGCUUAGCAGAACAUCCACCAUUCACUUAUAGCGGUGUUGACUAUUUUGGUCCCUUCUAUACACGAGUAGGACGAAGUGAUCAAAAAAGAUGGGGCGUUAUUUUUACAUGCCUUACAUCUAGAGCAGUACACAUAGAGGUUGCCUAUUCACUCACCACUGAUUCCUUCCUGAAUGCAUAUCGCAGAUUUGUAUGCCGUAGAGGAACAGUCAGAAGUCUUAGAUGCGAUAGAGGAUCCAACUUCGUAGGAGCUAAAGGUGAACUUGAGUCUGCCCUUGCUGAAUUAAGCAACAACCAGAUACAGAGGGAGCUCCUCAAGGAUGGCACCGAUUGGAUAGAAUUUAAAUUUAACGUACCACUUGCAAGUCAUAUGAGUGGUGUCUGGGAACGUCUUAUAAAAUCGGUGAGAACAGCUCUGUCAGGAAUUCUUGAAAAGCAGAGUCAGCAGUUAGAUGAUGAACUUAUCACCUUCUUGACAGAAGCUGAGGCCAUUGUGAAUAGCAGACCACUGACCUACCUAGAUAUGUCUUCUACAGAUACUGGUGAACCUCUUACACCAAGUCAGUUACUCACACAGAAAUCAAAGGUUAUUCUUCCUCUGCCAGGUGCUUUUGUACCUCAGGAUUUAUAUUGUAGAAAGAGAUGGCGCAGAGUUCAGUAUCUUGCCAAUGAAUUUUGGCGUAGAUGGCGGUUGGAAUAUUUACCUACUUUACAGCUGAGACAAAAAUGGCAAGAUGAAACACUGAAUCUGAUUAAAGGAGACAUAGUUCUUGUCAUUGAGGAGAAUACCCCCAGAUGUCAGUGGCCACGUGCAAUGGUAAUGAAGCAUUGCCGAGUAAGGAUGGAUUAG